GUUGGCCGUAUCGCCGUCGUCGCCCGCGACGCAAAAUCGGCACCUUUCAUUGGCCAACGGACGGCAUUCCGACGGCUACCCCCCACCACCCCCGGGCACUGGGAAAUCUGGAACCGCUCUACCACCGGCGCCGAGACAGCUCUCAAUCCCAGUUGUCCGCGUCUCGACCGUAUCGUUUGUUUUACGGCCAUAUUUCUUUUGUUUUGUUUUUUUUUUUUUUGUAUUUAUUUCAUUGUUAUUAUCAUUAAUUAUUAUUAUUAUUAUUUUUAUAAUUUUAAAAUAUAGAAUAUAGUAUAACGUUAAUAUUAUUUAAUAAAUUUUGAUCGGAUAAGGGCUGUUUGAAUUUAUUUCGAAAAUAAUAGUCCAUGUGAUGCAUCGUCGUUGUUUUUUGUUUAAUAAGACUUCCCCGAGGAAGUCUAAGACGUGCUGUUCGAAAACAAAGUGAAUAAUAUUUUGGUCGGUCGGUUCGCUGUGUAUUUUUAUUUUUUGCAUAUGUAUUCAAUUUUGUGGCAGUCGUAUUUCCGAGGAUAACAAUCCACACCAACAUCACUCAUUAAAGAAUCUCCUUGCUUCUGUUAUGCUGCUUAUGUUUUGCUCAAACAAGUUACAAUGUAAGAAUAUCAUCAAUACAAUCAUACAUUUGCUUAGGCAUAAUUUAAAUGUACAUAACUAGUACUUUCAACUGGAUGUUAAAAAAAAUAAUUUUGUGGUCAGACCUAUACCAAAUCAUUGCCCUAUCUGUUUUUGUUUUAAUACCUAUUAAUAAUUUGGAUUUAUAAGCAAUUUUUGUUGUUUGACUAGUUACUAGUAAAUAUUUUGAUUCGGUUUUAAUUGUAUUACAGAAUUUGUAAAAAUGAAUAGUAUGGAUGAGCAUAAUCGCAUGAUGCAUCCAACCAGUGCGAUGUUGCCUCAACCAUAUGGGAUGUCGUCCGUAGAUCCAAAUCACGGUGCACCUACGCCACCCGAUCAAGAUACUCGUAAGCAAGAUAUCGGUGAAAUCUUGCAGCAAAUAAUGAACAUCACUGAUCAAUCGUUGGAUGAAGCUCAAGCCAGGUAAAACCUAGUUCAUUAUACAUAUAGAAUAAUCUUGGCUAUAAUAUAAUAUAGCUACUUAAGUUUUAGUUUCUCACUUUUUUUUGUUUGAAAUACUCUACUGUUUUUUUAUCAAUAGUAUACAAUUUUAAAGAAAUUACAUUGAGUAUUAGUUGCUAUAAUUCUUUGAUGAAACUUGGUAGGUAUGUAGUGUUUAAUAAAUGUUUGUACUUCAAAAGAUAAAAUUUUAUUUUUUGUGAGACAUUUCUUAAAAUAUUAGUAGAUUUAGGUUUUACUUAAAGACUUAAACAUUAAAAUCAUACCUAGUUGGUUGAUUCUUAUCACUGGUAUACAAUAAUUUAAUAUACCUGCCUGUUCUUAUCAAUUAUUUAACUUUUUUUUUUAAAAACAUUAAUUACUGAAUAAUUUAAUUUAUAAUAAAAUAAUAAAGUAAAAACAAAAUUAAUAAAAUAGUUAAUACUAGUAAAUAAUUAAAGUAAAUAAAUAUUGUAAAAUAAAUAUAUACAUAAAAAAUGUAUAUAUAAAAAUAAAAUAAAUAAAUGAAUCAAUGAGUCGUCUGUAGUAUUAUGGUUAGUGUAUUUUAUUUUUACUUUGAUUAAAAACCGGUUGUAUAUAAUACACUUAUCAUAAUACUCCAGGCGACACAUUGAUUCAUUUAUUUAUUUUAUUUUUGUGUAUACAUUUUUUAUUUACUAUAUUUAAUUACUUUAUUUAAUAUUAUUUACUUGGAUUUGGGUUGUACAUACCUAAUUAGAUCUGCAAGUGUAUUAAGUUUCAAUUAUAUAAUAGCUUUGAUUCAAUUAUCACGAUACUGAUAUAAAAUAUCAAAUUCAUAAAUUCAAAUUAAAUUUGUGAAACUGCAUAGGAAUUAAAUUCUUAAUAUUUAUUUUAUAAUAUAACACUAUAGGUAUUGUAGUAGUUAUCCUAUAUUAUAGGUACCUAUAUAACUUUAAAAUUAACAUUGAUACUUAUAUUUAUUUUUAAAAAAUGUACCUACCUAUGUUUGGAUUUCAAUCAAAAUUGAAAUGUAAUUAAGAAAAAAUGACUAUAAAUAGUACUUUUAAAAUAUUGAUUAUUACGUAAGUAGAUAAAUGUAAUAAAAAAAAAUGUAGACUUUUAAAAAUAAAGAUGAGAAAAAUUGGAUGUAUUUAAUUCAUGUAGUACAUGGAUUUGUUUAUAGUUUUAACACAUCGGCUUUCAAAAUAUCACUUAUUACCCGACUGCAAAGAGGGUAUAUGUGUUUAUAGUAAGCAUAUUCAACUAAUAAUAUAUAUCGUCAAGGAAAUACUUAACUAGCAACACUUCUAUUUUAUUUAGCAAAGAUUUAUUUCCCAAUUGAUGUUAUGAGCAUUGUUAAAAUGAUAAAAUUGCGCCAAUUGGGUCUUGUUGAGUGCAGUUAGCAGGUCUAUUCAUGUUUCCAUAUUGUUGGCAGGUCAAUUUUUCUAUCACAAAAUAAUUGAAUAUAUUUUUAUUUUAGUUUUCCUAACUAAAAUAUGCAAAAUAUGCAUUUGUUUUUAUAUGAAACAAUGCCUAUUAAUAAGUUCUUAAUGUUUUUUAAAACUUCAAAUCAUUUGUUUAUUUUAAAUUAAUGGUUAAAACAAGUUGAGUACAAUUUAUCAAUACAAAUGUAAAUAAAUUUAGUUUUAUUAAACUAUUAAUUUUAAUUACAUUUUUUUAAAUCCGUUUGGUGAUAUUUUACAAAUUAAACAUAAUUGUAUAAAUAAUAUAUAUAUUAAAUACAAAAUUUGUAAAAUACAUUUUUUAUGGGAUUUUUUGUACAAGGUGUUAAAUAUUAUACCAUAGAAAUACAUUUUAUUUUAAUAUUAUUAUAUACACACAUAUAUAUUAGGGGUAAAUACCUAAUAUACACAUUUUUAUUAUUUUUGCUAUAAUUUUUACUGUUGGUGCUUUAAAUUGAAUAUCUAUUGAAUUAUAAAUUAUUUGUAUGAUUACCUAUGACAGAACAUAUCCCUAUUUCAUAAUUAUCAUAUAAUUUUAUAGAUUGGAUACCUAUUGUUAUUUUUUUAAAUUUUAAAGUGUUGUUCGUCUCCACUUAAAAAUAUAAUUAGGUUUUUACAAUUUCUUUUCAAUUUAUUUGCUAUGAUUACUUUUAUUCCAAAUGUUUUAUCAAGUAAAUGGAGAUUAAUAUUUUUAAUAAUAUAUAAAACAAGCUGGAUACCCUUUGGUAUAUUCUUUGCAUAACUUUGGAUAGAACAGAUACAUUAAAUUUAUUAUUUUUUACUGUUUUAAAAUUCAAAACAAUGAUGAACAAAAAUUGUAUUAAUCAUAAUUCAGUGUAAAACACUAAAUUAAAAUUUUUUUCAAUUAUUUCUUUCAUUUCUUUUAAUAAGUUUAAAAUUAAAAUUUAAGGUAGAAGUAUUUUUCGGAUAAUUGUUUUGAAUUUAUUUCUAGAUUUAAAGAUUAAAGUGAUAACCUAGGUUAUAAUUAAGAACACUUGUGAUAUUAUCUAAAACUCCAUUUUUCUUUCAUAGUAUGACAUUUUAGAUUCUGAGAACAGCAAGUAAUGUAUUGGUUUUACUAUGUUUCAAAAAAAAAAUUAAUCUAAUAAAACUUUUACUCCAAUCGUCAACUGCAGAGGUGGUUUCUGGUUUUAAUUUAUGUCUAGUUAGUGUGUAAGAAUGGUCAUUUCUUGAAUUUCUUUGUAGUUUUCUUAAUAAUUGAAUACAAAUAUAAAUAAUCAUAAAACCAGGAAAAUUCAUGUAACAAUGGUUCUUUCGAUUUUUCGAUUUUUUAUUGGUAUUAUUUAGUUAAAAAUAAUGAAUGAGACCUGAAAUUUCACUGAAUAGUGAGCAAUUUUAUUAACCCUUUCUAGACGUUAGUUAAUUUUCAUUCUAGUGACUUUUGAGACAUUUAAGUAGUUACAGCCACUUAAAAUUAUUAAAUUUUCUUUAUUUUUAUUUGUGUUUUUGUAAAUACAUUUUUUUUGACUCGGUAGAUAUAUUCAAAAAUUGACCAUGAGGUUCAUAAUAAGUUCUACUUAUAAUGGUAAAAAAAAGUCUAUUACUAGGGGCGGGUGCGAAUAAUGUUGUAGUUGGGAAGGUGGCAUACAUAAAGUUAUUUAAUUUACAACUGCAAUCAACAAUAAACUAUUGUAAUGAAAAACGAUUCGGAGCGAAAUUCGGGUAUACAUGUUUUGUAAGCCCGUAAUAUUUACGAUUUUUAUCAAAAUUUGAUUUUAAAAUUCUUUUAAAAAAAUAUAACUACAUUGAACUCAAUUUUUCUUUUUGAUUACAAAGUAUGACUUAUAUUGAACCUCCUCAUUUUAACCAAUUAUGUCAACAAUUUACGUUUAGUCUAACAAUUUAAUCCAUAGAGUACUUAUACCAAAUAAAAAUUAUGUUAACAAGUUGUAAAACUAAAAUGUUUUUAUAAGUAGCUCAAAAAUAAUUUCAAAAUUGAAAAUUUUACCGCGUCCAAAAAAAUGAAAAUAUAAAGUUUUUGUCAACAUAUCAAGUCUCUACAAAUAUGUUUAACUGAAAUUCAUUUAAAAAACAAAAUUUCAAAUAAAAAACACAGUUAUUUUCGUAAAUUUUUCUGCGUAUUUUUCCGUUUUUCCUAAUCGUUAAUAAAACUACAGAAAACUUUAAAUACGACUUUUUUACUUACCAACCUGAUUAAAAGUGUAACAAAAAAGGUAUCUUGUUUUUCCAUUUGAGCAAUAUUUUUUGUGGAAAACAUAAUUCGUAAAAAUAUAAAAUAAAAGAAUCGUAGCACCGUAAAUUUAUUAGUUUUAAUUUUUCAUCAUUCGCUGGAUUUUCUUAAUUAUUACCAAAACUACAAGAAAAAAAAAAUCAAAAAAUAAAUUGUUUCUUUAUUAACUAGAUUCCAAAUGCAAUACAAAAUGUCGUUUGUCGUGUUUGCGAAAACUUGGGUAAAAUUGGGAAAACCAUAUAAAUAUUGCUCCAAUUAAAAUAUUUAUUUGGUUUUCCCAAUUUUUAUCAAAAAUACUUUAGAUUUCAAAAAACAACUUUCUUUGACAUCGACUGUAUAUUAAAAAAAACAACAUUUUUUAAAAAGACCGACAUACUUUGCAUGUAGGAGUGCUAUUGUUGUAGGUGACAUAUCUGCACGCAACAAUUAAUUAUUUUUAACGAAUAACGAUUCUGAGUGAAGUUCGGUUAAUAGUGUUGCUUUGUUAACUAAUAAAUAUUAACAUUAUGGUGAAAUAAUUAUGUAUUUUUUUUAAUAAUGUUGAUUUAAUAUUUUAUCUAUUUUCUCGGUUUUUACCAUGUUUUUUCCAUUUAUUAACUUAAGAUUGCUGGGAAAUUCCUAAAAUGAUUUCCCAUAAGUACCUCUCCAGUCGGAUAUAAUUUGUAAAUCGAAGCAAAAGUGCUGGUAGAAAAGUUGUUCGCAGGGAAAAAAAGGCCGUAAUACUUUUUAUUAAUACCUAAAUUUCAUACUUUAUCCCGUUUUUUCACAGUGUUUUCCAUUUAUUAGAAAAAUUCCAUAGAAAAUCAAAAAACGACUUCCUUAAAGUAGCACCCCCGGAAAAUUCCCUUUUAGAGAAGUGAUGAUUGAUGAAAAAUAAAUUAAAAUUAUCCAUGUUUUUUCUUCUCGAAAAUUCAAUCAAAUUUUAAACUUAAAGUGAUAAAAAAUAUAAAAUCGUGAAUACAAAUUAUCGAUAUUUGUAUCAAACAAAUCAUUAAAAAAUAUCAUAAGAUGUUUUGAUGUACUUUGUAUUUCAUUUUUGAGUAUCUUUGAGAAGUCAACGAAAUUAUUUUCACAUAGAACCAAAUGAAAACUAAAAACAAUAUAAUUUCAAAUGUCUAAGUACUUAUACCUAAAUAGCUUAAUAAAACGUUAGAAUGUUUUGAUAAUUGUACCACGACUAAAAAGAGCUAAUAUAAGUAUUCUGUAGAAAUUGUAGGACAAUGCAAUUAUUUUGAACUGAAUUAUUAUAACGAAAUAUAAUAUAAAACUUAGCAGAAACCGUUAUUGAAAACGUUUUCCCGACCUUUUUUCAAUAUUUUUCUUAAUUAUCAAAGAAAAUAAAAAUAAAACUUAUCAAAUGUUAUAACUAAAUAAAAUUAAGUACCAGAAACAAUCCCUGAAGUUUGUAAUCAGAACAAGAUUUCUAGUAGAGAAGUUAUCCAGACGGAAAAAUAAAAAAAAGCACACAUCAUUGUAAAUCACUAAAACCAAUACAUAUACUUUCAGUAUUUGAAAUGUUUUAAACAUUUAUAACUGUCCGGUUUCGAAAUGCACGUUCGAACACAGAAACUAACUCUAUACACUUGACUUAUUCUAUACCUCUGACCAAGACAGAGUUAUAAUUAUUAAAUAAAUAAAAUAUCAAAUGCUUGAAAAGCAACUAUUUUAUAUAGGUUCCUUUUAAACCAGUUGUAAAUUAAAAUUUGUUUUUAUAAUAUCUCACCUAAAGUCAAUGUAGGUCAAAUUAUUUUUUCAUGGAAAAAGGUGGGGGAUGAAGUUUAUUUUUUUAACAAUUAUUUGCAUUUAAUUUUUUCUUUCGUUAAUAUAUUUAUACUAAAUAUUGAAGGAAUAAAAUCAAAAGUCAGAGAUCAAGGCUUUUGAAAUGGAAUAUAUAGAAUGUAAAUAAUCAAAAAUUGUACGAAAUAAAACUUAUUCGCAUAUUCUCGUUAAAAAGGAAUCGACGAUAAUUCUUUAGAUUUUCAAUUUUUAUACCAGUCUCAAAAGUUACAAGAUGUCCGGAAAACAGGUAGGAAAAUCUAAAAAUCGAAAUUUGACAGAAACUAUGGACUCCUUAUAAAUGAAGAAAUACGCCUAAAAGUCCUUAUACGGUUUUGAUAUAUUUAAAUUUGUUCAGCCGUUCUAAAUGCUAUGUAUCGUCUGAAAAAGGUCAUGGAUAUAUCCCUCUAUCCCCUCCGGUUGACCACCCUCUGCCAAAAGUAGUUAUUAAUUGAUUAAAAUGAUAUAUUUAAUAUACCUAUUAUCGAAAGCCGAUUUAAAUCUUUCAAAUAUCUCAAAUUACAAUUUAUAAUAUGAUUGUAAAAUAUCCUAUUUUAGUUUUAAAUAUUUACGCUAGUAAAAAUGAACAAUUAUCCAUUUGAAGAAUUAGUUUAUAUUCGCGAAUUGUUUGUAUACAGUGUAUUUAUAAAUCAAUUAUGAUUCAACUAUUUAAGACAUAAUUUAUUUGGAUAAUUGGUAAUGAGUCGAUAUUAAUAAUAUUGUAGAUAACUUAAAUAUUUUUAAUCAUUUAAGUGUUUUCAAAGUUGUAUAUGAAAAUUUAAAAACCACAAAGUUAAAAUUACGGUUAAAUGCCUAUAAGUAUAAUAUAAGACACGAUAUACAUUAGUUUCAUAUUUACUAUUCUUAUUUAUUUUUUAAUUUUAUUAGUGAUGUUUGUUUUUUUUUUCUUGUCCGUCUGUGUGUUAGGAUUUGACCAGAAUACUUCUUUUAAUCAGAAAUGUUAGAUUUCUUACAUCAUUUUGAACCCUGUUGGCGAAAUGGAAAGGUCAUUCCAAGUAAUUUAUUAAUUCGUUUUAUCUAGGGAAAAUUUAUGCUACAUGACAAAAUCGAUUAAAUUUUUUUUUUAAUACUGCAGUAAGCAUUAUUAUCAUAGAAAUCUGACAUUUUCACCUUAUACAGCUACCUAUAAAGCUUUUAAAAUACUUUUAAUUUUUUUAAGAAUUUAAAAUUGUUAUUGAUUUUCUGUUUGAAUGGAUAAAAGAGUUAGCAAAAAUAAUAUGUACCUAGUUAUUGUUUAGUCAUUUUUUCGAUAAAUGCUAAGAAUUUAUUUCAGUUCAGUUUAAAAUAAUUUUUAGAAUCGUUCUAACUAAUAUAAACUUUUUAUUUGCAUAUUAAUAGUAAUUUACAAAGAAGCAGUUAUGUUAUAAAAAUUAAAUAUAAAAUAUGGAUGCAUGAAAUUUCUAAUAUAUAAGUUAAUGGUGCAAUUUUUGUUUACAAAACUGUGUUGUUUAAGUUGGCCGAAUCAUUGGCUUUUAAAAGGCCGUGUUUCUACAAAUUUAUAAAAGUAAGCAAUUAGUUCAAAUUCAGAUGUUUUUACAAACAAAUUGUAGGUUCUAGAUUUAACAACAAGCAAUAAUGUUGAUGAUAAUUGAUUACACGUAUUUUAUAUUGGGUAAUGUGCACAUUAUGAAUAUUAUGAUAUUAUGAAGUGAAUCGCUUUAUAUCUCGGUUGAUAUUUCUUAUUGUAACAUCUUUUUUAUUAAUUAAUUUGUUUGGAAAUAUAAUUUAUUUUUCAUUGCCAUUUGCGUUAGCUUUAUAUGGCACUAAGUAGAUAUACGAGUAAUUAGUUAAAAAUAUUAAUUGAAUUGUCGAAAUAUUGUGUACUUAUACAAUUAUAAACACGUGACGUGACCACCUAUAUGUACAAACAUGUUAUUUGGGCACAAUAUCUGUGGCACUAUACCGGGUUGGCUAAAAUUCUAACUUCUAUAGGCACUUAAAUGUUUUGGUUGUUUCGAAAUAUACAUAUAUACAGGCCCAUUAUUUUAUCGUUGAGCAUUAAUUAUUUCGUAAAGUAUUGACUUUUUCUAUGAUAAAAUUUGUUGAGAGUUUAAGAAACAAGAAGCUCUAAUGUUACAUUACUAUUACAUUUUUGAGAAUUAUUUUUGGGCGUGAAACGUCUGUCGACUUUUGAUUUUCAAAUGGUACAUUAAAAGGUCCGUAAAUAGAUGAAGUAUUAGUUUUGAUAGUUCGGUGUUGACAUUUCUAAUUUCCUUCAACCCGUUCAUGAGAUUCCACUUUUAAGUUUAGGUAGGGGGAAGUAGCAGAUAGUAUUAUUUGUGUGGUGUUAAACUUAAAAGUGGAAUAUUUUGGAAUAAGGAUGACAAAAAAUAGUAAUACCUUUAACAUUUUAGAUCUGCUUGUUUCUUAAACUGUUAAAAAAUUUGUUUUUUUGUUUUUUUUUUUUUAAAAGCCUUUAAGAAAUAAUGAAUGUUCAACAAUAAAAGAAUCACUCUGUAAAUACUUUUUGUAGGAUUUUCUUGAAAAUGAAGAUUAUUACACUAUAUUGUUUCUGUUACCUAUAUAAUAUAUCUUUUUCCUGCUACAUUUGAACAUCUAUAGUGGCUUCCAUUGGACCAAAUAAACUCAAAAUUGGGACUAGAGUUUUUUUGUAGGCAGAUUGAAAUGAUAAAAGUUGGGUAAAAUUUUAAUAUAAAUUUAACCAUAUUGGUUGUAGACGGAGGGUGUUUUUAUGAUUUGGACAUCUUAAUUAAUUACUCAAAUGAAGCCAAGAGGAUGAAAUUUUGUGUAUGCAUUUCCAAGAUGUAUCUUUUGGGAGUUUUAUCUUUCUAUCUCCACCACUUAAACUUUUAUGUUCGAAUUUUAUUUUGUUUUGUUUGGUUUUAGUAGUAGUAUCGUUGAAUACUGUAUUAUUAAAAUAUCCGAGUAUUUAUUGUUUUGCGAAAAAUAUUUCUGAUAUACAUGAAUAACUGAGGAAAAUUCGACGGAAUUCUGCUGCUCAUUGUUAAUUUAUUUUUACACGGCAACAGAUUUAUAUUUAGCCUUUUAAAAGUAAUAUAGUUAUUGAAAUUAAUUUUUAGUGACAAUUUACGCAUUUUAUAAAUGCAAUUAACAAAUUUUUUCCAUCAUGUGUGCGUAAAAUCACUAGAUAUAUAAAUAAUAUCCAAGUUAUUUUAAACUUUAUAAAAAAAGAGUUGGCCCAAAAUUAAAUUUGGUACGUAUUAUGUUAAUUUGUUGUAGUACUUGUAGUUCACAUUCAUAUAAUGUUUACAAAAUUGAAAUUAAUUUUACAACAACGAAUUAUGGCAAAUUGUCACGACAAUACAUACUACUUUUAUUAUUAGGUUUUUAUGAUUUAAAUGCAAAUUUAUUUAAGUUUUAUAUCGUACAUUCUAGGAAUGUAACUAUGCUCAUGGGAGGAGACAAAAAUUGCUGAAAAAUAUAAUAUGAACUACUGAGGGUUUGUUUUAAAAAGUAAUUACAAGUAUUGUGUGUUCAUUAAAUUUAUUACAACAAAAAUAAAACAAAAUGAAAAUAACGAAUCUUAAUACUGUAAACUUUUCAUUUUUUCCUUCUUUUCUCCAAUAAUUAAGAAAACGAUAAAUAAAAUAAAAGACGACCUACUUAUGCAAUCAACCGGACAAAAUUGUCUUUUAGAAAUGAUGGUACUUUUGAAAUUCUGUAUACUAUUUCCGAUGAAGAAAUCAUGAUACUUUUAUUGUCGUGCAUUUUUCUUUUGUCUUCCUUUACGUUUUUAUUUGGGUUUUCUCAAUUAAUAUAGAAAUUACUUGGGAAAUCAAAAAAUAACUUCUUAAGCGUUACCAACUAGUCACAAAAAGGUUUGUCAUUUUUCGAUUGAAGCAAAAUUGGUAGAAAAUUUGUCUACAGAUAGAAAAAAAAACACAUUCAUAUUAAAAUCAAUGUACUGCAUGCUACAUGAUCUUAAACCAAAAAAUAAUAAAUUAUAAUAUCUGUUUUAAAUUUAAAUUAUCUAUUUUCUUAGAGCAGUGGAAUACUAUUAGGUAUAUUAUCUGUAAUUCAUUUAAUUAGGUAAAGAGGGUGAGUAGUGGAGCAAUAUUAAUUUACUCUACUGUCAUAUAAAUAAUACUUCACUAAUAUUUCACUCUCUCCCCCUUCCCACCCAAAGUGGAAUCUUGUCAAUGGGUUGGAGGAAAGCAAAAAUAUUAUCAUCGAAAUGUAUUUAAAUUAAUAGUCCAUCUAUUUAAUUUUUAAUUUAGGUUACCAUUUGAAAAAUGGUUAUCGUAUUACCACCAAAAAUAAAUUACGAAUGUACUAUUUUAGAGAUGUUUGUUACCUUAAAUUGUCAAAAAAAAUGAAUACUUUCUGAGAUAUCGCAGUGGGUAUAUCUUCACGGGCCACUUGUAUGUUUAAAAUAGUUAAUAAAAUCGUUUAAAAAAUAUGAUUGAAUUAUUUUCAUUAAUUUAUUUAAUUUUCCGUUGUUUUUAAAGUUUAUUAUAUAUAUUAAAAAUAAUCCAGUACUCGUUUGUGCUAUGUAAACGAAUUGUAAGACUGCGGUGUACCCGUUUUUUUUUUUUAAUCGAUAGUCUAAUCAACUCGGUUACUUUACAAAUUUAGGUAUUUCAAGUAAAAACUUGUAUUAUGUAGUCAUCAUGUUAUAUACUAUUAUGUUAAAAAAUAUUCAAAAUAUCAAUAUUAUAACAUAUUUAUUAAUUUUAUUAGAUAGAUAAUAAACUUAACUAACUAAUUUUUUUUUUUUUACAGAAAACAUACAUUAAAUUGCCAUCGAAUGAAACCUUCUUUAUUCAGUGUUUUAUGUGAAAUUAAAGAAAAAACUGGUAAGUCAUUUUUUAUUUCAUUUUGACAUAUUUAAAAUAAUUGUUUAUGUCGGUAAUAUAGUAUUUAUUAGCCAUCAAUCGUUAUUUGAUUUUAAUACGUUGUAGGAUAGAUAUAACGUACUAAUUAAAUGGUUCUUUUACUAUUCGAAGAUUUACUCUUCAAUUCUCCAUGCAGGAUGAAAAUCGAGUGGUAUAUCACUGAUAUCCCUGUACCAAAGUUUACUCAUCUAAUGUAAACUUUUUAUUUUUAUAUACCAGGUGAUUCAUUUAAGUACACCCAUUAUCUCAGAAAGUAUUAACUUUUUCCUAAAUUUGUUUUCUACAACAUUUAAAAAACAAGCUGCUCCAAAAUUUUAUAUUAGUGUUAUUUUUGUCACCCUUUUUUUUGGGAAUAAAACAACUACCUACUUUUGAUUUUCAAAUGGUAACCUAUAUUAAAAAGUCCAUAAAUAGAUUGAAUAUUAGUUAAAAUAAAUUUUAAUGUUGACGCUUUUGAUUUAUGUCAAGCCGUUAACGAGAUAUACCAUUUUUAAUUUUAGGUUGGAGGAGAGUAGUGGUGCAUUAUUAACACGCGUAAAGACUAAUCUCCUCCAACUCAAACUUAAAAGUGAAAUAUCUCGUCAACGAAUUGACGGAAAUAAAAAAUGUAUUUUAAUUAAUACUCAAUCUAUUUAUAGAAUUUUUAAAUAUAGGUUGCCAUUUGAAAAUCAAAAGUAGGUAAUGAUUUUACCCCCAAAACUAAGGUUGACAAAAAAUAACACACAAAUAUAAAAUAGUGGAGUAGCUUGUUUCUUAAAUGUUCUAGAAAACAAAUUCCGGAAAAAGUUAAUAAUUUUCGAGAUAAUGAGUGUACCCACUUAAAGGAAUCACCUAGUACAUUAUAAAACUUAGUAUAUACUCGAUCUAAAAUCAUUCCAAACAAAAAUUGAUUCCGAGUGAAGCUCGACAUUUUUUUUUUAUUUAAAUCUACCAUUUUGUCAAAAGUUUAAAUUCAAAUGCCUUCCUCGUUAUUGGAAAAAGUACAAAGAAUUUAAAUAAUCUGUCUAAAAUGCAACAACUAGGUAAAAAAUGCUUUUGGAUAUCAUCCCUUUUACGGUGUAAAAUAUUCUGGUCCUAAUUGUAUUAAAUAAACCAGAAAAAUAAACACACAUCAUAUAGUAAAACUAAUAUAAGUUUCUCGCUCAGUUUAGAAUCAAAGAUGUAACUAAUAACGAUAAAAAUACAUCAGUCAAUUGUAAAAAGACGAACAUAUUUCGCACGUGGGUGCAGCCGCUAUUGUAGGUGGGAAGGUAGUAUACAUAAGGUUAUUUAAUUUAUAUCUGUAAGCAACGUUAAACCAUUGCUGACGAAAGACGAUUCCAAGCGCAGUUCGGUAAUACAUAAUUUGAAGUGCCGUAAUUUUUUUUGCAAUUUUUGUUUGAAUAACAAAAACACUUAUUAAAAAAAAAAAGUCGUUUGAUGAUUUUGGAAAUUUUACUACGUCUAGGUAAGUCCAAUAUAAGUAUUAUUACUAAGUUUCGAGUCUUUACGUGUAUUUAUAACUGAAUUACAGCAAAAGAACUCCAAACAAUUAAAAUUCCUUAAAAGCUCAAAAGUUUGGGCGAUGAUACUUUAAGAAAGUUAAUCAAAAAGGCAAUAAAAAAGGUAACUUUUGAUUUUUCGAUUAAAUCAUUUUUGCUGGUAGAUAACGUUCAUAUUUUUAUAAAAUAAUGAAAUCGUAAAAUUGUACGUUUUCCUAUAUUUUUUCCCACUUUAAAUGGGUUCAUUUAAAAAUGGCGUCGAAAAUUAAAAAAUUGACUUCUCUAAAGUACCAUAAAGACAACUUAGGUUUUCAGAAAAGUUGUUACACUUAAAAAUCGGAGCAAGUUUGCUAGGAAAAGACGUGUCCACAUACUAAAUCAAAGAACAAAAAAAAAAUAAACAGCAUUUUAAAAACAAUAGCUACCCUCGCUACGCUGGGAAUCUAAAAUGAUGUUUGAAACGAAAAAUUUAAAAAUAAUUCGCCAAAUAUUUUUGUCUAUAAAAUCAUUGAAAUUGAUCACUUAUUUGAACUUUUAUUAGGUAUUGUAGGUAUAACUAAAGGCCUGCGCAAUAAUCGUUCGUAAUAUUCGGUAAUCGAUUAUCUUAAAAUAAGAUUGAACUCGAUUAAUCGAUAUUAUUGGAACUAUCAUCUCAUCAUAAAUGAAAUAAAAUUGCGAUUCGCGAUUAAGUAUUUUUAAGAUUAAUUUUUUUAUUACAGCCAACAUAACAGUUCGUUUAAACUUUUAGCUUUUCAAAACUAAAAUUAUAAACUGUAUACAUUUCGAUAUAAAAUUAUGCGUUAUUGUAAUACAGUACCUAGUGGCUUUAAACUUUUUUUUGUAAACGCUAUGUUUUCCAUAUACAUUUUUCACGGCACAUAGUAUAUAGCAUAUAGUAAAUAGCUACAACAGAUAACAAUCUUUUCUCCUCAAAGAUUUAUCGAGAUAGGAAAAAUAUAAGCCAUUUUUUAUUUUUAGAAGGUUCGUAAUUCCAUGCAUUACUUUUGAAACUCCAAAUGUCCAUGGUGCAUCGAUUGAAAACUACUGCGAUGCGUAUAUGAGAAUAAUAUUUAAACGUAAUUAAAUUAACCUAUAAUUGAGCCUAUUGGAAUUUAUAGUUUUUAGAUCUAGUAGAAAUAAACAUUUAAAUGUAUUUAAUAUUUUCCGAACCUUUUAAUAGGUAAACAUUUAGAAUUAUUUAUUCCAAAAGUGAUAGAUAUUACAAAUUAUCAUAUCAAGUCCCAUUUUAUAUUCUUGUACAUAAAGAAAAAAAUCCAUCGGAUUAAUAAUUUUUUGUGGGAGGGAUUACAUUUAAAACCAAAUAUAACCAAUCUAUUUUGCUUAUAAAACUGGUUUGUUGCUGUAAAUUAGUUACUGUAAGUAACUUAGUUGCUGUAAGUUUUAUGUAUUAGUAUAAUAUGAUAAGUGUAUAUAAAUUAUCCGAUUAUUAGUUAACUAGUCACAUUAUCUUUAUACGCUCAGUAAAUUCUAUUGAAAAAUUGAACGUUUAAAACUUUAAAAAACCAAAUACUUCAUUAAAUUUAAUCCUUGGAAGAUGGUCAAGUCUAAAAAGAUUAUUUUUUUUUUUUGUUCGAUGUCAUUAAUCAAAUUGUUAGUUUACAGUACGUAGUCGAGAUUAAAUUUCAAAUUGCCACUAUUAUUAUCUUAAAUGGGUAGAAACAUUUCAAAAUAUGUUUCUGUAUUAUUUAUUAUUAAAUUAAAUUAAUGUUAUUUCCUUUCAAUUUUCUCUUACCGAAUUUAAUUAUAAUAAUAUUUUCAUACUGCACAUGCAUGCGCGUUUCCAAUAAUUUUGUGUGCCCAUAAGUUCUGAACGUUCAUUAUAGGCAGAUGCCAGAUAUCGAUAUUCAAUAUACUUAUUGAUUUCUUCGGUACCUAUAAGAUAAGCCACAUACUGUACAAUGUUUAUUUCUCGAAACAAUAUUUUGUCCAAGGUCUCGCAAUAUCAGGUAUUGUCCCCGUAUCUUCCCACGUCGCCGACUACUAAUUUGCCGACAUCUCAUUUUGUCGACAGAUAAAUUGGUUUUAUAAGAUAUUGAAAAUCUUUCCAUUUUGCCUAUACAUAAGUCUGUUGUAUUAUUAUUUUGAAAUGAAAUAUUAUUGUUGCAAUAAAAUUAUUGCAAAAGAAAUUUCAGCUCCACAAUCAUGGCAUGAGCUAAAGUAAAUAUAUAAAUUAAGUAUUAUAGAAAAUACAAAAAUUAGGCAUCGACAGUAACAAUAGGUAAUCAACGAUUAGAUGGAUGUUCAAAAUAAUUUGUCUUAAUAUUUUCAUAGUUAAAGUUUAGUACAAUGAUUGCAUGUGAUUAUUUUCAUUUAUUUUCCAUUUUUUUUUUUAAAAACUAACGACUUUAUAAUGGAAUAUAUAUAUAUUUCAUUUUUGGUUAAAGUUCACGUAGUUUCAAGUAUUUUAAGUUAACUAGUGUAAUCCCUGCAAAAACGACAACGAACACAAGUUGUUUUAACAUGAGCUAUAGUGGGGUGAGGUCAUGAGUAGAUAUACUUCAAGCAACAUACGUCACAGGGAAAUAUUAAAAAAAAAAUGUCGGCAACGUGAGAAUGAACCCCAUCGUCUCUGCCCAUCUGGGAUAAAAACCUAUCAUGUUUGCUCUAUCAAAAUUGACGUUAUUAAUGUUUAAUGUGAAACUAGACCAAAAAUUACGCAAGGAUCGAUAUUAUAAUGAUGCAAUUUGGAAUUUUUAUACGUCUCUUAAGAUAAUUUCAGAAUUUCUCAAUGGAAUUUUAUUGCGUAUGUAACAUGUUAAACUGUAUGUGUUAAUCUGUGACUUAUUAAAUCGUUUUAUGAAAUUUGUAUGAUAACUGUAAUUUAAAAAAUAUACUUUAUCAACUUAACCUAACUAUAAUAAAAGGACACGUUGAAUCGUUAACACUUCUAUAUAAUUUAUUAAAUCAUAUGAUGAUUAAGAACUUACUUAAAUUAUCCGUAUACUUCAAAAGAAAUAAAUACACACGCAUUUUGUUUUAAAAAAUUAUAAACCAUAAAGUGCAAUAAUAAUAAAUAUCUAAUAUUUAAUAAUAAUAUGUGGUUCUCCGAUCAAUUUUGGUUUAUUAUUUUAUGUGCUGAACUAUUUGAAUUGUCCAAAUGUUUGAUUAAUUUGAUUAGGUUUAAUUAUUAUUUAAAAACUUUAAACAGUGCUAUAAAGUUCUGUGCACUGUAAAAAUUGAUUUUCAUUAUAUGGAAUUUUUAAUUCAAUAAUAAUAAUAAUAAUAAAAAAUUCUUCUUUUGGUGUUAUCAACGCUUCUGUCAAAUGCUCGUAUAUUUAUCGUAGACACGGGCCCAGUAACAAAGACAAUCGCAUUUCCCCAACUCCAUAAAAAAUAUUAUUUUAUUUUAUAACCUGUUGAUUUAUAAUAUCACAUCCAUCAUUAUUUUUAUAUUAUAUUUUUCUUUAUUAUUAUUAUUAUUAUUAUUAUUACCUAUAUAAUUUCAUCUUAGUUUAAUGUACUUAUUUUAAAGAAAAGUACAUUUUAUGCAAAGUUUUAAGGAAUUCUCUGUUUUUAAUUAUUUAAUAGAUUACGCGAUAUAAUAUUGAAGUAGACAAUAAAAAUAAACAAAUUAUGCUCAUUUAAUUUUCUGUUUAUGUAUUGAAGGUAUACGAAUUAUUAUCGUAUAAUGUCGAAGAUAGGACGUGUGAAAAUAUGAAUGGGUUCUCUUUUCAUUUAAGUAUAAUUUUUAACUUCAUACCGAAAACUCGUUUUUUUUAAAUGGUUUUAAAUUUAUUUUAAUAAUCACUUGUAUACAUAUUGUUUUUUUAACAUGCAGAUACGUAUGUUAAUAAUUCCAUACACGAUUUAAAUAAAUAAAUACGAGUUUAGUUUUAUCUAAAUAACUGAGUAUUUAACUUAUUGUAUUAUUAAUUAUUAUAAUAACUAAAAUCAAAUAACCAUUUUUAAUCUAAAUAAUAUUAUAUUUUCUGCCCUCAACUUAUAUAAUUAACUAUUUUUUAAAUCUAUCUAUUUCAUGGAUUCAUGGAUUCAUUAUAUAGAUAUAAAUUACAAUUAAUAUGUAACUAUUUUAAAAAUAAAUGGUUCAAAUGUUUAUAUUUUCGAUCAUAGUUAAUAAACACCUAUAUUUAAAAUACAUAUAAAAUGAUCUAUAUCAGAAGGGUUUCCUUAAUUUUUAUUACAAAUUUAGUAGGUACACAAAAAUAUAAUAUUAAUACAUAUUAUUAGCUGUGAAUAAUAUUUAUUCACAGGUCACAGCUAUAAAUUACUUAGAUAAUUCAGUUUACCAUAAUUGUAAAUUUAAAUAAAAGAAAUUAUAAUAAAUAAUUUAUAUUUUCUUAAUUAUUAAAAUUACACUAAAUACGAUAAUUGUUCAGUAUCUACAUAAAAUAAUGUAUGAUUAUUACCUGUAAUAUAAUUUGUGUAUAAUUGACAACAUGAUUUUAGAUAAUAUCAUUUUCUAAUUAAUAAUUGAUUAACUUACUAUUAUUCUAUGCCCGUUUUGUAUAAUAUGCAAUUUCUGUUAUAAUCUAACGUUUUAAAAUCCCAUAUUGGUUUAUUAGUUAUAGGUUUUAUAUAGUAGGUAUUAUAUUCACAAUCACGAAUUUUGAUUUAUAUUUAUUAGCUACCUAUACAUUUUAGAUCGUCGAGUUAUUUGUUGAUAUAGUGGAAUAAUAUCUUUUAUCGCACGUGACAAUUAAUUUCGGUCGAAUCCGGCAAAGCAUUUAAUUAUUAUUUUUUAACUAUAUUAUAGACCCCCAAGCCUCAAAUUCGGUUUAGUAAAAUCGAACGGUUUUGUUAUAAUUUGUGGUUUUUUAAUAACACGACAAUCCUCAUAUUAUAUAACCAUCUGUUUAAACUUCAGUCAACUCUGUAUAUAGGUACAAUAUGUAAUAUAGGUGUAUUAAUUUAUUGUACUUCGGAGGGGGGAAAAUCAUGUUUCCUAUUGAAAUAGAUUCUUCAUUGUUUGAAUUGUUGGUCAGACUGAGUCUACUCUGUCACAGCGUGCGCUUGCAGCCAGCUCAGGAUCGACUAAUGGUGCAAUGGUUCCAAAAUAUUAUUUAACUGGUUAUUAUAAUAUUAUUUUCGAUCUCGUUUUGUUUUAUUAUAAAUCGUUUUUACCCGUAGUUCUGUAGCAACACGGCAGUACAAUUUUUAAAACAUUUAUUAAUUUAAAAAAAAAAAAUGUUACUAAUAUGUAAUACCAAAACAAUUAUAUUUGUUACGAUACACAUAUAAAUAUUAAUGUCCGAGCAUUAUUUAUUUACGUAUACGAUUAUAGCUAAACUAAUAAUUUGUAUUUUUAUAAUAUUAUAUUCGUAUAUUAUUACGAAAAACCUGAUGCCUCGUUGAAUCGUACACUUCAGACGGAAUUAUAUCAACUGUUGAGCAUCCCUGGACCACAGUUGGUAUAAAAUGUUUUAGAACUGGUUUCUUUGUGCAUAUUAAACCUGCCGGUUUGCCUCACACCAUCAUUAUGCUUAUUCUUAUUCACAUGCUGGGACACCCCUCGUGUGUCCCGUCCAAGUACAUAAUAUCUAAAUGAAUCAAAAGAUUUCACCGGACCAAACGCUUUAUAGAAAGAAAAAAAACCUAAGGUUUUUUUUUUUUCAUUGUAUUAUUUACGGUGUAUAUAAACGACUACCUAACAAAAAUAUCGUAUAAUUUAUUGUAAUGUUUCAUAUUUUUUAUCCGUUUUUGAGAGAUGGCAGCGACUAUCCUGUCUUUGUCGUACAAAGUUAAACCUACCAAAAAAAAACCUAUACCGUCGUCAGUUAUCACCAACGUAUUAUAGUUUUAUCAAGACGCAUAGGUUUCUAGAUUUUUAUUAAUAUUAAUAUACUUGUGUAUUUUGCUCUUUUUUAUAAUUAUAUCUAUUUAAAAACAAACAAAAAUCCGUGUGUACCUAUAUAAAUAUAAUAUUUAACCUCAAAUUAUAAGUGCAUAAUAUAUUAAUAUUUUUGUUAAUAUCUGCACAAUAAUACAAAAUAUCGUGGAUAUUGUAAUACGAAUGUCAUUAUUUUAAGUGAUUGUAAAUAUUUACAUUACAAGAAACCAUUCAUAUAGGUACUGUCCAACGAUUGAGAACGUUAUACCUUUUUGGCCGAACGAUUGAGAACACUUAAAAUUCACAAAGAACUCACAGCUGACCCAAAAAAAUAAUACGAUUGAGAACGUAUUUACGUGCAACGUUGCCGUAUCAUUUAUUUGGCUAUCGAACGAUUCAGUGCGUUGUAUUUUUUUGGUAGAAAGAUUGCUUUUUAGCUUAGACAUGGUCACAAUAAGUCAGUUCUUAUCAGUUUAAGAAAAAUAUUUUUUAUUUAUAUUUUUUUUUUUUGUAAACUAAAAUUAUAAGCGUCAAAAAAAAAAAUACAUUGUUAGAAUACACAAUAAUAACAGUUGAAUUAGAUAAUACUAGAUACUCUAAUUAUAUCGAAAAAUUAAAUUUCCACCAUUGUGGUGUGAGAAAAUUAAUAUAGUUUUAAUUUUCAACGACAAACACCCUUAUGACAAUUAUAGUACGAAAUUAAACUGAAUGUCGUGCUCAAUCGUUCGGUAAACAUUUUUCAGUAUGGCAACGUUGGAAAAAAAUCAAUCGAGCGUUCUCAAUCAAUUUCUAAAAAUAAAUCGUUCUCAAUCGUAUCUUUCCCAAUUAUUAUGAAAAUUGCUUUGAAAAUCAAAAAAUAAUCUUCCUUAUCCAACUAAUAGAUCCAAUAUGAUGCAAAAAAAAAUGUCUUGUUAUUUUUAAUUGAAGCAUGAUUUUUGAUAGAAAAGUUGUUAACAAACAAAAGAGAAAAAGCACACAUCUUAGUGGAAUCAAUAUAUUCGUCACUGCGUUCAGAAUCUAAAGACGAAAAUAAUUCCAAGGUAUCCAAAUGUACAUAUGAAUGUGAAGAAUACUAUGUUUUUAAAAUUGAAAUCCAAUACAAUUCGUACAGUUUUGUCUGGAUUUUUCGGUCUAAAAUGUCGUAUUUUAUUUAAACACGUCCUUUGUGUGCCUCUUCCCUUAAAUGGGCAUCAAAUAGAAGAUUAAUGGAAAAGUCGUAUUAAUUAUAGGCUGUUAUUAAUAUGUUUUAAAAAAAAACGUACAAAAUUAGAGUAAAUUUUGGAAUCCAUCGGCCGUCACAAAAAAACAUAAUUAUUGUUGUUUUUCUUUCAGCUUUAUAGGCCAUUUAGGUUUAACACUGUAUCACACAUUUAUUUCCAUUUGUCUUUUACUAAUGUAUAAUUUUUGUAUAGUUUUUUACUCCUAAACUUUAAAAAUCUUUCUCAACUAUUUAUCCAUUUAUUGUUGUUUAAAUCGCCCUAUAGCGGCCUCUUCGAAGUUUCCAAUUUAUGGUAUUUUUUUGUCAUUGGGCUUGAUUUCGUUACAAUAUGGUUUACCAGCUUAAUCUCUUAUUGCAAUUAUAAUAUUAGGUUCUUCGACAAUGCUAUGGAUUUCGUUGUUCGGAUUUGGUAUAUCUGCAUGUAUUUCUUUAUUCUUUUUAGGACCAUCAAUUUUUUUUAAAAAAUAUCUUUUAAUCCUGUAAUGGUGUUAGCCACGUUAAUAUUGAGAUAAAGACUGCUGAUGGAUUUGCCACUGUUUUAGAACAAAGUUGGAAUGCAAGAUAUAUUAAGUAAUUUAAUUUGUAUCUACACGCAACGAAAAUCGAUUAUGAACAGAGUAUUAUUAAUUGUAUUUUCUCUUUUUGCCAAGGCAACCUAUAAAUCAACAAAGUUAUACAAAAAAUUGCUUAUUUGUCCAUCUAUGGAGAAAAUCAAAAAAUAACCUUCCCAAUGCUCUAAAUAGAUAAAAAAUUAUACAAUAAAUGUUCUGUUAUGUUUAUGAUUAGAGCAAAAUUUCUGGUAGAAAAGUUAUUUAAAAGCACAACAAAUUAAAAAAAAAAAACUCAUUAUAUUUAAACAAAGCUUCCCUUAGAAUCUAAAACGUCUCUAUCUUUUUAUAGACUGUUUUGUAAGAGUUGCGGUACGGUAUUUAUAUUACAUACGGAUAAGAAUAAUAAAUAUUCGCUUAUACGUAUAACGUAUUGUUCGUUUAUUAUCUCCUAGUAAUUAACUCUUACUACUACUAAUAAUAAAAAUCUAAUAGUAAAUAAAGUAUCAUGGUACCGCGGUACCUAUACUUAUAAUAUUAUUAUUUAUUUAUUUAUUUUUAUAUUAUUUUAACGUCUUGUCAGCUUAGUUAUAUAGGUAGUCCAAAGGCAUCGAUACUUAUACUUACGAGCAUCCCGCUCACUAUGUAUACACGUAUAUAUUAUUUCUGCCCCGUUCUCUUUGUUGUAUGCCGCUGUCUAUUAAAAAAAAAAAAAAGAAUAAUAUGAUGCUGCGGUUUCAUGGCCAUUAGUUCUAAUUAUCCGAUUCAUUAAAAAAAUAGUAGAUCUUAAAUCGUAUUAUUAAUUACGUUUAUCGCGUUGGCAUUGAUUGAAUACUGCAUCCAUGCAUGUUACUAGUUGAAUUAUUAUAAUAUUUAUAAUAUUAUAUAUGUACGUGAGUCGUGUAUUCUAAUAUAUAUAUAUGUAUAUUUUUUUUUUACGGCUUCAGAAGUCAUUAACCUAUAACGUUAUAUAUAAAUUUUUUUUAUAUAAUAUACAUACUCCCGCGAAAGAAUAAUAUUUGUAUAUUUAAAAAAAAAAACAAUAGGUACCUACUUAAAAUUUAUAAUUAUUCAGAAUUAUUACAGGGGUACCUGAAUACAUUAUUUCUUAAAAACAAUUAAAAAAUAUACCAUUUCCCAUGUUUACAAUAAAAUACAAAUCUGAUUGGUUUUUUUUUGUCGGUAUUAAAUUCGGUACAUUGAAAAAUCGUAAAAUUAAUACUUAGAUUUGGUCAAAACUUUAAGUCCUUUGUGCUUAAAUCAACGAGAUAUAAUAAAAAUAAUAGCGAGGCUCCUUAAUUGGUUAUGAGUAAUUUUUUUUUUUUUAUGAUUAGAUUCAAAUGACAUUUUUACGUACAUAUUUUGUAUUUAGCACACAAACCCACUACAAACAUAUUCAUUGAUUAAGAAUUAUUAUUAUAUAUGUAAGAAUUUUAUAAAUAAUUGGAAAAAGUCUAUGUUCGAAAUACGGUAAAGAGUUAAUCAGGUUCGUAGAUGAUUUUUUUUAUUUGAUUUUUUUUUGUAUAGAAAGUAGCGUAUCGACACAAUAUGUUUCUUUUUUUUUUUUUUAUGAAGAAAUAUACAAUUUGUCAUGGCAUCUCAUAACAUCUUUCAUUUUUUCCCCUUCAUCACAACCGAUUUUUUUUCUUCUUUCGAGGUCAAUGGAUGUGUAGUAGUUUUAUAUUGCCACAUAAAUGGUUUUCUUCUGAAAAAAUGGGAAAAACUACCUAUUAUAAUAUUAAUAUCAAAUAACCUGUAAAAUGUUUUGGCUUGGAAUUUUUGUUCUUGUAUUAUCGAUUUAUCGUACAUACAAAUAUAAUGUAUAAUAUUUUAAUGAUAAAAUAAAUUGUACCGUGUAUAUAUAUAUAAUGUAUCUGUCUAUAAACAUAAAUCUAUAUAUGUUUUUUAAUAUUUAUUUUUAUAAAUUAACAUAUUUUAGCUGUUUUUUUUUUUUCUGUACUUGUUUAGUUGUGCAUAUUAUAUUAUGUAGUAUUAUAAAAUACGUAUACGCGCGCGGGUUUGAGAGUAAAAGCAAUAUUGUAGUAAUGCAUGGCGGUUUUAAAUUUUCAAACUUCGUCUGAGUAGUGGGCUCAUGAAUAAUUCAAUGACAGUAUAGGACCGGCGGCGGCAGCCAUUACGAGUGGGGAUUCCAGGGUCCAGUCUGUCUACCUCCUCUCAUCCUUCCCACAUUUCCUCUCACAUGCAAACGCAAUAAGUUAUUAUGUCCGAGAUAAUCCCCUGUAUAUACAAUAUACACGCUGUGGACAACAAAGAUAAAGAAAAACUUUUUUUUUUUAAAUGAUUCUUAUCCUAUAGUCGAAACUAUUUUAACGUUAUCGCGUUAUCAACAUUCAAAAUCUUAAAUAAAUAAAUUUAAUAAAAAAAACCAUAUAUUUAAAUUGAAUCUCGUGCAUUUCGACUUAAAGAACAAUACGAGAUAAAAACGGAUGUUGACAUUUUAAUUGUAUAUCUUAUAAUAUAUUAUAAUAAAUUCAUUAGGCAUCCUUUUUUCCAUAGAUAACAGGAGAUAGUAGAUGACCUACUCGACUUAAAAAGUCGUUCCGCGUUUCCUGAUUUUUGUAUUAUAUAUAGGAAGCUUAACUAAACUACCGUAUCACAUAGAUUGAAUAUAUGGACCAUGUUUAUCUUUAUUUUGAAUUCAUGAUUUGAAUAGUUAGCGUUCUUGGCGUUCGUCUACUAAGUUAGAGGAGCCGAUUAUUUGUAUACGGAAUUAAAGGAAAUCUACCUUAUUCUCUGACAUUUUAUGUCUAUACCUAGUUAAGUAAAUUGUUUGAUUUAUUUAUAAAAUCACCCGCUCUUGUUUAUAAUUGUUAAUUAUUAUUAUUAUUUUUUUUUUUUUUUAACAAAAAUUGUUUAAUAUUAUAGUUUAAUAAUAGUAAAAAAAAAAACCUCAUAGUAAACUACUUUAAACAAUUUUUAAUUAAAUAUUAAAAAUUCUUUGGACGUAUGUAAAAAAUAAUAUUUAUGAUUGUCGUUAUUUCGUUUUGAUAACAAUUUGUAAUAAAAAUGUUUACCCUACAAUUGCUGUUACUGCUGCCGUUAUUUGUUUUACACGAUUUUUAAAAUUGUACGCUUACGAUGUGUUUUUAAAAUUUACAAAAACACUUGUUUCGUGGAGGUUAAAUAGGUAGUUUUUUUUUUUCAAACAAUGUAUACCUAUAUAUAAUAUAAUAUAAUAUAUUAUAGUUUGUUUAGGUGUAAAUUUCGGUUAACAUUACUUAUCUAUUUAAUAUUAUAAUAUGCUCGUGUUGUAGUAUUAUUUUGAGCCGAGAAUCUCGUUUGACUCCAAUGUCGAUACGAUUAUGAACUAUACGUAAACUACUAAGAGUAGUAUAUUUUAUUUUAAUUAAAAAGAAAAAAAAAAUAUGUCCACAUAAAAUUGAAUUAAAAACCGUGAAAACGUAUAAAUAGAUUAAAAAUCGUCAAAAUGUUUUCGAAAUUUGACUACGCGAUAAAUGUCUGAUGUACACAAGUAUGCUGUAUACAUUUCCGGUCUCGACGAUUGUUUUUAACCGAAUUAUGCAAAAAAAAAAAAAAAUCGACAAUAAUGAAAUCGUGUACGUAUUGCUGUACAUUUUUGUAGUAUUUCCUACGUUUUCCCCGACCAUAAAGAAAACGUUUGGGAAAAUAAAAAAAAAAAAACGAUCUCCGCCGCGCAUCAUCCCGGCAAAAUUUGAUUUCGGAAAAGAUAUUAUUAUACUCGAAAAUCUGUGGAUGAUUUCCGGAAGAAAAAUUGUUCGCGAACGGAAUAAAGAAAAAAGUACCCGCGUCACCGUAAAACCAAUACACAACAUUCCCCGCUGCGUUCGGAAUCUUAAAACAAAAAUAAUAAUAAUGCUUUUUUUUAUAUAUAUAUUAUUUACUACAAUAUACAGUAUAGCAACGAUACGACAAUAAUGGUAUUGUACCGCUAUUCUCCCUUCAUUUCGUAAACGGCAGUCGUAUUUUUCCAAAACAAAAUGUAUAAUAAUAUAAUAACAACGGACGACCGUUUCCUAUCAAGUAACAAUAUUACAAUGCAUAAUAUUUUAUAAUUUUACGACGCGGCGGCGGCCGCGCAUCACGUUUUCACGUGAAAACUUAAUAUUCUUAUCGAGCACGCGUAAAAACGCGCGCGGGGUGGCUUUGGGGCUUUAUAAUAAUAUCGUAACGGAGAAAAAGCCUUUGUGCCGCGCGCACAGUUGUUGCAAAGGGUAUCCCGCAUUGCGACAGACCUUAUACAGUAGUAUAGUGUUGUAGCUGGUGCAGUAUACCUAUAAUAAUAAUAAUACACCACCCCAUCACGUGUGGUGUAUCCAUCAAAAAUAAUAAUAUAACGCCACAUGGUGCUCUCGGGCCCGUUUCCUGCAGCAGCAGCAGCAGCACGGAGGAAAUAUAAAAUAAACGGCGGCGGUAAUACUUUCCGCGCGCGUGUCUCUCUCUUUUACUCUCUCUCGCUCUAUCUCUCUCUUUCGCUCUCUCUCUCUGUUUCGCCGGUAUCUGUCUGUGUGCGUGCGCGUCUCCCGGACAAUAAUAUUACAUUAUUGGAAACGUGUAAAACAAUACGAGAAACGCGAUUAUGAUACGAACGUUCUGUACGUAUAUAUAUACAAUAAUAUAAUACAAUAUAACAUAUAUAUAUAUAUAUAUAUUUCCGCUCCCCUCCCCACGACACACAAAUCCCGUCACGUAUCGCGUUUAAUAUCGUAUACGUUUGCGGCGGCGGUGUUCCGCGAUCGAUGUGUCUCGGUGUGUACGAGUUGUCGUCAGAAGUCUCUCUCUCAUGGCGGCGCGACGCGCGUUGACAAUCGUCUGACAUCUGUUCGUAUUAUUAUUAUUUGCCGUCGUCGUGUUUCCCAUUUAUAAUAAUGUUUAUCAUUUUUUUUUUUCUCCAUAUUUUAUAUUCCUAUAAUGUUCGAACUUAAUAUAUAUACUACAUAGCUUAUAAUACGAUAUCAAUUUUAUUUUUAUAUUGAUAUUAUUAUAAAAAAAAUAAUACAUGUAUGUGUAUAUAUAUAUGUAUAAAAUAUAAUAUAUAACUGCGGUAUUAUAAUAUUAUACACGCGUUUUAAAUCGUAUUAUUAUUAUUGUACAGGUACAAUAUAAUGAUAAAAAAAAAAAAUACAUUAUAUUAUCGUAAUAAUAACUCUGAAUAAAUUAUAAUAAAUAAUUUGUGUGUGUGUGUGUGUGUGUGUGUGAGUAAAAGAGAGACGGGACGAGAGAGAGAGAGUGUGAGAGUGAGUGGUAGGGUGGGUGGGUGGGAAGGAGGGUGUGUGUGCGAGUGUGUGUAAAGAAUGACAGACUUUGGUAUGUGUGGAUGACUGAAGCAACGGCGGCGGCGGCGGCGGCGACGGCAGCGACGGCGGCGGCCGCGGCGGCGAUGGUGUCGGUGCGGAGGGGCUGGGGCGCUGGUCCUUGGAACAAAUCAAUACCUAACGGGAGGGAAACGAACGCGGACGCGAACGGACGGGAAAAAGGCGGCCUGGCAGCCGAGUGCCAUUCCGCACCGGCUGAUAUUGUGUUGCGCGCCCGUGUACGUGUUUUUCUUCGUCGUCUUCAAUUCCGAUUCGCGUUUUAUACUGUUUUAUUGCACCCGCCGCCGCCGCCGCCUCUGUGUUUCUUCCUCACUUUUCGGCCGGCCUUGACGCGAGAACCCCUUGCGCGCACACUACGCCCGUUAUACAUAUUAUUGCAAUUAUUAUUAUUAUUAUUAUUACACGAAUGCCGCCGCCACUGCUGCUUCGACUAAAAUAUUUACUUAAAAAAAAAAAAAAAUAAUAAUAAUAAUAACAAUUGUUUAAUUAAAACUCGCAAACAUUCCUGCCGCUGCGAACUUUCUACGCUGUCCCGUCACUGCGGGCUGCGGACCUUUUUUUUUUUUUUAAUCCGAAUUUCUUUUCGUGUCGCUGCACCGCUACUCUUUAUUCCUUUUUCGCGUCUAUAUAAUAUAUAUAUAUAUAUAUAUAUAUAUAUACAUAAUGAUAUAUCCGUUUGUUUGUUAUUUCGAAAAUUACGAAUUUAAUAUCGUUGAGUAUUAAUUUCGAACGUCGCUACAGAUCGUACGGCUUAUAAGAAUAAAGCAUAUGGCAUGAAAAUAUAUAUGAAGAGUAGUCCGGUUUUUAUUUCAAUUUCGAGAUCCAUCCGGUGAAAGAAAGUCCGCAGCCGGAUAAUCGUGCCCGAAUUUGGCCGCCAUGAUUAUAUUUCACCGCAAAUAAUAGCGGGAAAUCAAAUCGAAAGAUCUUAACGAUACGCUGACUUGACAAAAAUUGCUACCGGAAACUACCUCUCUAGUGUUAAUGAUUGAAUCAAGAUUUUUGGUCAAAAAGUUUCUUAACGAUAGAAAAAAAAAGCAACACAUAUCAUAUUAAAACUAAUAUAUUCCUCACUUCUCUUAUAAUCUGAAAUAUUUUCAGAGAAACAGUGGCGAAUUAACAACAUUUUUCUGGGCGGGAGAAGUCUUGAAAAUAAUAUGUAGUACUUGACAUUUUUAAAACGGUUAAAUAAUGUGUAGUAAAUAUUUCCAGUUAUUAAUUUUUUUAACACGAGACUACCUAACACUUGAUAUUUCAUUUCACCUCGAGAUUUCAAAAACGCUUCACGAAAUUUGCCAAAUGCUGCAACUUGUAUACGUGUAUGUGUUUAAUACAACCAUAGAAAUCGCAUUAACCAUGAAUACUGCGAUUUAAGGUUUUUACCUUUUUGCCUUAUCUAGAAGCAUCUUAUGUUAUUGGAGAUGUAUAGUUUAUUUCUGGUGUUCAGACUUUAUUUAACAUGUCGUCAAUUUCAUUUUGUGAAAGUGUUUAUUGCAAAAUAAACUGAUAUCAUAAUCAGUGUAGGUUAAGUACGAAGAUGGAUUCGCAAAAUCUUGUUUAGUUAUUUUAGUAUUAGUUAUUAUGUUAUUAGGUGAAACUGAUCUUUUAGUUGCUACAUUUUCUUCUAUCUAAACAAAUGUUUAGAUAACAUUAAACGUUCCAAUUGGUUAAAUAAAAAAAAAUAUAUAUAUAUAUAUAUAUUGAACGGUUGCCUGUUUUUGUAUACGAAUUUAUGAUUUUCCGUAGUGUUAAUUGUUGGCGGUCAAAUAAAUAUGUAUACAUUUGAAUAGUAUAAAAUAACAGAAACAGUCAUAUAAAUCUUUCCCUCUAAAAGAACUUGGAAGGCAUCGUAUGUACUGUUAAAUGGACAUAAUAUGCAUGGUCAUCACCGAUUUAUUUGGAAUUAUAAUUGUACAUUCGACCAGAUUGAAUUACUUGACGGCAGACGAUUUUAUCGCAUUGUAAAAAUAUAACUGUUCAAUUUUUUAAGUUAUUCCGGUAUAUUUAUACACUAUACAGAGUCUGACCUCUGUAUAUAAUAUAUUAGCUGUGUAAGGAAGUAGAUAGUUUUGUAGAAAAUUAUCUUACACAUUGUAAAUAUGUGCUCAUUAUAUUAUUUUGUAUUUUAAAUUAUUUUAUACACUAUAUACCCUUUUGACUCUCUCAACUAUAUACACUCGACGAUUUACUAAAAAAAAAAAAAAAUGACUUUUAAGUCGAGUUCCGUUUUCGAUCCAUCGUUUUUGACCUUUAAAAUAUUAUACCGAGGUGCUCUAUACAGAUUGUGUUUAGAUCUCCCGCAGUUUUAUACUGUUAUUUCUCCCGCUGCGCUACAACGACGACGGUGAACUGUAAUUUACUCAAAAUGACUUGACAACCGAAACUUUAACCGGCUCGUUUUUUGUUUUUUUUUUUUUUAGCGGAAAAUAAAAACAAAUAUAUUAAAUAAAAUAAAAUAAAAAAUAUUCCCAGUCCACUUUUUUUAUAAUAAAAUAUAUGACAAAGUGCCCCGGUAGUCGGUGACAUACGGUUUAAUAAUAAUUAUUAGUAUUAUCAUCAUAGACGCAAACAGCUCAAAUAUUUUUGUUUGGGUGGAUGGUGGCUUAGUUGAUAAGAACUUGAUUUAAGUGGAGAGAUUUGACUGAUUUUCUGAGGAACUAGGAAGCCCUUCCUCGUAUUUGUGGCUAUGCAUUUAUUGUUCGUAUUAAUUUUAGAUACCAAAAUGCAUUAAUAUAUUAUAGUUAAUUGUAUUCAUAAUAAUUGUCGGAUUCGAUCGAUAAAGUAUUUUAUUUUGUGGUUUAUACACGUUAUUUUUUUAUGCCGUAAAUAAUAAUUUAAAAUUUGUUUAAAAAUUACAGAAAAUAGAAUAAAACCGUUGUAGCACAAUAUAUUUAAUUUCUACUUUAUAAUACGCUUUUAAAACAAUUUCAAAAAAAAUAUAAUACCCAAUACCAAUUAUAGGUACUUGAUUUAUAGUGAUAUUAACAUUCUUCGAUGUUUAUUUAUUUAUUAUUGAAGUACUAGUCGUUAUAAUAUUAUAAUUUCGUAUAUAGCCGCUUAAAAUAAUACGUAUAGGUUUGUAUAGUGUUCGUUUUGAAGUGGCCGACGAUAGAUCCUCUCCACCUCUUUUGCACACCGAUUUAUCUAAAAUGCUCUUUUGAAGGAGUUGACGUUAUGAUAAUAUAAUAUUGUUUAUUUUACUCGUGUGUGUGAGCGUGGAAAAUUGUGAUAAGUUGUGUGUGUGUGUAGAAGUUAUAUGAGAUAUGAGGGUUAACGUUGAUGUGUAUAUGUUUAUAUAUAUAUGUGUGUGUGUGUGUGUGUGUAUACAUAUAAUAUAUAAUUUAUGUGAUCCGAACAAAAAUGUGUUUUGCUGUGGAGGAACACAUGUUUUCACCAGAAAUAACUAGUUUAUAAAUAGUGACAGUUGUGAAGAGCUUCUGUUGGCUUCGGUCCCUAUAUAUUAUAAUAUAUUUAUGUAUAAAUGUUCGAUUAUAUUUUAUAUUAAUGUAUAAAUAUUAUUGUAUAGUCAUUGCGUAUGCGUACCUACUCAUAUUCGUAUAUAAUAUUGUCAGAAUGAUUUUUAUUUUUAUUUCAAAACGAAUCUGAAAAUAUUAUGUUUUUUUUUUUAUGUAGGCACGUAACUUUUUCCCUCGGAAAACAAUUUAAUUAUUAUAAUAUAACCCUUAAAUAAGGGAAAUAUUCAAGUUUUGAAUAUUCGUAUUGCAAUUCGGUUAUUAUAAAAAAAAAAAAAGGGGGAACGAUUGAACUGCAAUCUGGUCAAAAAUAUGCAAUAGUCGAAUUGCAAUUUUAGUCGAAAAAGAUUUAAAAAUUAAAAAUAAAAAAACACAUUUUUACCAUGUCAAUGAUAAAAUUGUAAACAAGAAUAGACAUUUUUAUUUUUAAAACUUUUAAAUUAAGUUUUUUUUUUAGACCAUUUUUAUUGUUAUGUUGAAAUACAUUUUCUUACCUAAGUACUUUUCGAUCAGAGUUUAGUUCAAUCAUCACUUUUAUUUUUUUUAAUUCAAGUGUAAUUUGAUCUUAUUCUUAAAUAAAUUGUAUCAAAGAACUAUUGUUACAUAGGUAAUAAUAUAAUAACUGUCAUUAUAAUAUAAUACGACUGUUAAGUCUUUAUUAUUAACGUCCUUUUUAUUUUACGAUCCGUGUACAACUUCAUUAUUAUUAUUAUUAUUAAUAGGGUGAUUGCAUUUUUUGCCCGUUUCCUUGUGUGCAUUAAGUGUGCAACCGGGAAUUUAUUUCUCAGAAAUCGUACAAAACACGCGAUGAUAAUGAUAAACAUGUAUACAAGUAUAAUACGCCUCACUGUUCUAUAUUUUAGGGUCGUACAAAUAUAUUCUUUAAACGAUUCCCAUGUUUAUUAUUAUCCAUAUUUUAUAUUAAUAUUUAUAGUAUAUAAGAUAACACAUUUUAGUCUACAGUGAAAUUGAUUUUACUAUAUUGGGGUUAUUUUUUUUUUUGUACAAACAACUUCUCUAUCAGAAAUCUUGCUCUAAUCAAACAUUUUAUUAACAUUUUCUAGUAGUAUUUUUGAUCAAAUUAGUGUAUUGGGAAAGCAGUUUUUUGAUUUGUCUUAUAGUUUUCUAUAAGAAAUGGGAAAAACUGUAAAUUUGUUUUAUAUUUGUUGGCAAUUUCUGGGUUACUUUGGCAACAAAGGAAUAAACGCGAUUAAUAAUACUAUGCUCAGAAUCGUAUUUCGUCAGCAAUAAUUUAUCGCUGCGUGUAGAUAUAAAUUAAGUUACUCUCUAUAUAUCCUCUUAUUUAAUUUCUCUCCUAAAAUAAUGGCACAUGCGUCAGCAGUAUCAGAUUUAUAACAUGUAUUUUGGAUUCGAUUAUAUAAUGAAUACCUAGUAACCUACCUAUUUUUGUUGCUAUAUCAUAAUAUGUUAACAUUUUAUCUUAAGACAAACGUAUAUCUACUAUAUACGAGUGUGCUUACGUGUUUUUUGAAAACGAACAAUAAUAUACCGAGGUUUGUUUUAUGCAAAGGCGCGCUAGUAAAUUUAUAACCCUUUAAAAUGUGCAACAGAAAACGCCUGUUUAAUUUUGAAUUAUUCAUGCACCGAGCGCGUAACACAUUUUACCCUUCUCCGGCUACAGCAGCUGAAUACUUUCCUCCCACAAAGUUUCUGGGCGUAUUUAUAAUAUUAUAAUAUAUACGUAUAACAUUACAAAUGUAUAAACGGAAUCGAUUUAAAUUAUGUUGGUUUUAAUUCUCAUUAUACUCUUAUAUUAUUAUUUUACACUAAUACAAACUGUGUAUACAUAUAAAAAAAAAAUAAUAAUACCGGUUCGAUAAUAUUUGUUUAUUUUAUGUUUGGCGUUGUAUGUUGUACAAUGAGAAAUUAUAAAUACAGCUUUACUAUUAUUUUUUACAGACAUGUUUAAUGAAAUUUAAAAAUGAAGUGAUACUUAUUUAUAUCUGUACUAUUUACAAACUAUUAUAAUGUUGUAUUCUAAAAUUUAACAAAUUCGUUGAUCGAUUUUUUUAAGAUUUUUUAGAAUUAAUAGAAUUAAUAGAAUUAAUAAAAAACCUAUUAUUAUUUAACCUAUUUGUAUUAUAAUAUAAAUAUAAAUGAAAUAUAUAAACUUAAAAUAAAAGGACUUAUAACGAUUUUAUACAUUAAAACAAAAUCUGCAAUCAAAAUGUUGUACAUAUUGCGUGUAAUGGGUAAACAAUGACUAAGUAUACAUAAUUGUAUUGUUGUAUAGUUCAAAAUAGUAUAAUUUUUACCGCCUUGGGGAAUACUCGCACGCGAGUUUUAUGUUCAUAAUCGUAUAUUUAAUCUAGGUAUACAUUUUUUUCUGUUUUGCAAAUGUAUGUUUUGUUAUUAUAUAUUUAUUUAUUUUUUUAGAUGUAUAAAAAAAAAAACCCAGAAUUAAUUGUAGAUUUAUCUAGGUGUCUAAACUAACUUUACUCAUAUAUAAUGGGGGUAGUAUCAAAACAAAAUUUGUAUGAUAUAAAUAUCAAUUUUUUCGUGCUGUAAGUACUAAAAACACUCGAAUACAUAGAAUCAGUGACGUACGCAGGGGGGCUCAGCGGACUCCAGCCCCCUCUCUUUACUGAUCGUAUUAAAUGUACUACUUUUUCAACUAAGUAUAUAAAUAAUUGUACUAUAUAUAGGUAAUAUUAUACAUUCAUAAAUGACUGUUGUUGAUAAUUUCUGCAUAAACAACUAACUAUGGAAAAUGUUUAAUGAAUACUUUUUGUCCGUAUUGUCGUAUGUACAAAAUAUGCAACAUAAUUAAUUUGUAACGUUUUGUUUUUCAGUAUUAAGUCUGAGGAAUACACAAGAAGAAGAGCCGCCAGAUCCACAAUUAAUGAGAUUGGAUAACAUGCUAAUCGCCGAAGGAGUGGCCGGUCCCGAAAAAGGAGGUGGUGCCGGAGCCGCAGCUAGCGCAUCGGCUGCAGCUUCUGGUGGUCCCGGGCAACCGGAUAAUGCCAUCGAGCAUUCCGAUUACAGAGCAAAAUUAGCUCAGAUCAGACAAAUUUACCAUCAAGAGCUGGAAAAAUACGAACAGGUAACAUAACAUUGGUUUCUUUUCAAUAUUAAAACCUGCUCGUUUUUGAAAUUCAAAAAUUUUUCUUUUUUAUGUAACGUUAACCUGAACAAAAUAUUUUAGGUUUAUACGUGGAAUUAAAACAAUAAUAUUAGAUAUAUACAUGUUUUUAUUUUCUAUAAAUAAUUAGAAUCAAUUUUUUUUGUUUCAUUCAAUUAAAGUAUUAUAUUUGGUGGCGUUUUAAACACUGAAACGUUUACUUUCAGGUUUUUUUGAUACAUUAACUAAGUUCCCAAAACAUUUUUGAUUUUUCAUAUUAGAAUAGAAAUAUUAAGAAAUCUGAAUUUAAAUAACACGUGGUCGUAUAAAUAAUAGAUGGUAAAAAAAAGUUUAAGGAAAAAUAUUUUUCUCCUUAAUCUCCUUCCUUGCAUACGCCACCGUAACUUACCAAUAAGUGUAUAUAGCAAUAGAAUUCAAUAUUACGUACUAAGCAUAGUAUGUAUUUUUAUUUUCUAAUAUUUUAAAUUGUGUAUCAAAAAAAGGAAAAUUUGGGGUCAUAAAGCUUAUAAAUACCAUAAUUUCAGUAACGAAAAAUGUGUAUUAAUUUUUCUAGUUGCUUUUGUUAUAAGGUGUUUUAUUUAUAUAUACCGGCAAUUGUAAAGGAAACCCUAUAGUACACAUUAUUAUAUUGUAAAAUUGACUGUAAUUUGAAUUAAUCGAGGGAAUAUUACUGAAGCGUGCAAUUAUUAUUUGAAUUGUACGGGAGGAACUCGUUGUGCGAUUACCGACUGAUGGCGGACGGACGGGGUAUCCAUUCCAGAGAUUAAUCGGCCUAACAACCAGAUCUGCACAUCACGCAAUCUUUUUUCGAUUUUGUUACAUGGGAUAUAUAGAAUGAUGAGUUUUAUACAUUUAAAAAAUAUACACUAGGUAUAUAUCGGUUGAAAUAAUAUUAUAGUUUUCAUUUCGGGCUCUCCAGGUAUGGUCGUGUUUUUGUGCUUUCUCUUGAACAUUUCGAAAUCACAUUUAAAUAUUAUAUAUACCUAUACAUAUAUAUACGUAUAUAAAGGUAGGUACGUAUAUUUGUUGGCCUCGCAGGACAAAUUGCGUGAAAAAUAAUCUACGAGAUGCAUAUUAUGUUAAUGGUAAUAAUAAAGUAGAUAUCCUUGAACCUGUGUUGUCUUGGUGUUCGGUUUGACAUUUAAAAACAUUUAUUUUAAUAUCGUGAUAUGCCACAAACGGCAUGUGAUCAAACAAAUACACAGAGAAAAAAAAAUGAUUAAUUAUAUUUUGGUUUUUUUUAUUUUCCGAAUAGAUAUAUAUAUAUUCACAGCGAUAGGUUAGUAAUAUACCUAUAUAUCAGACACGUAAUAAAUAUUAUAAUCUUUUGCCUUAUGCCGUUUGCGGUUAAACGUAAACGUAAAAAAAAAAAAUCUAGACUAGGUUCUUUUUAGCCGAUAUUUAAUACAGUUACUUGUAUAUUAAACUACGACCCAAAAUGAUAUAAUUUAUCAAUAUAAUAUAAUACCUAUAAUUAUUAUAAUUCAAGUUAUCUUUAUAGAAAUUAUAACAAAAAUUAAAAAUAUCUAUAAUGUAUUGAAAAAAACCUAAGUGUAUUGCUUCGUAUAUUAUAUUAUAUGAUCAUUUUUUUUUAAGCAUAAUAAGAGUAAUAAGACACGUCUUGAUAAUUUGAAAUGUUUAACAAUUUUAUACGAAAAAAGUUUCAAUAGAUAUUCAAAAAAAAAAAAUGUGUCUUAAAAUAGAAUAUUAUAUUAUUUAAAAAAAAAAAUUAAAUUCAAUCAACUUUUCAAAAGAAAUAUUCGUUAUUUUUUUAGUUACUAUAAUUUUAAUAUAAAGUUAAGAAGAAAAAUAUUUUCUUGGUUGUAUUUUUAUUGCAGCUAAACUCUUAAAUUAUUACCUACAUAAUAAUAUUAUGUACCUAUUUAUAUUUUCUAUAUAUUUUUUUAUUUAGUUGGAGAUAGAUUUUAAUGAUCACAUUUAAAUGAUACAACUUAUCCGAUAAUUUACUUCCCGAUACCCGUAAGGAAGGGAAUACGACCGAUUUUAAGAAUGAAUUUGGCAUUUUAUACCGUAAAGUAAAAUUAUAGGAAUUUUUUGACAAAAUACUUGAGUACAUUUUUGAAAAAUUUGUCAAAAAUACAAUUAUAUUGGUUUACGAUUCCCCGUAAAAAAAUUAAAUUUCUAUUAUCAAAAUAUCAUAUAAAUUAUAGAUAAUAAAAACUUAAAAAAUCAUAAUUCGUUUACAAAAUUGAAAUCCGUCAAAUGCAAUUCCUAUACAUAAUUUUGAAUGGCUUUUAAGUUUAAAUUUUAAUAAAUUAUUCACCGUCACCAAUUUCCUUAAAAUAAAAAUUACGUGUUUCCUUUAAUACAGGUUUUUUUUUUAAGCAUUAUAUUUAAGAUUUUUAUUAUUCCGUAUUAUAUUGUAAUUUUGUAUACAUAAAAUAAGAUUAUGUUACAAUAUAAUAUAUAGUAUACAAUAUAUUAUUACUACCUAUAUGACUAUUGCUUGUUUGAAAAUCAAAAGUUAAUAUAGUUUCUUUCAGUAUAACGAAAAAAGGAUAAAAAUGUGUGCAUAGUAAAACUAUAUUAUAGAUUCGGAGCGUAUCGAAAAAUGUAUUGGCUUUACAAUGAGGAUUAUUUUAUUAUAUUUUUAUAUCUGUGAACAACUUUUCUAUCAGAAAUCUUGCUCCGAUAUUCAAGUUUAACACUUUUUCCGAAGGGAAAUUUUCAGGAGCGGUACAUUAGAGAGGCUAUUUUUUAAUUUUGUAAAUGGUUUUCAUAAUUAUUGGGAAACACGAGAAAAUAUACGUACAAUGUGCACGUAUAAAAUACGGAUACUUCACUCCGAAUAGUUUUUCGUUAGCAAUGUUUUAUCGUUGCUUACAGAUAUAAAUUAAAUUCCUUUCUAUAUCCUACCCUUCCAACUUCCCACCUACAAUAGUGGCCCAUCCAUCGUGCGAAGUAUGUCCGUCUUUUUUAAAGUUUUUUAUUUGUAUAAAAGUGCAUGUAAAACGAAUAAACAUUUCUCAAGUAGUAAGAUAAUAAUAUAAUAUAAUAUUAGUGUUUUACGCUUAAAAUCACCCGGUAAUAAAUUCACUUUUUGUGUGUGUAAUUAAGUACAUAUUUCAUAUUUUAUUUUUCAGGCCUGCAAUGAAUUCACUACCCACGUAAUGAACCUUUUACGAGAACAAUCUAGAACGCGACCGAUUACACCGAAAGAGAUCGAACGAAUGGUGCAAAUAAUACAUAAGAAAUUCUCAUCCAUACAAAUGCAACUGAAGCAGAGUACUUGCGAAGCGGUCAUGAUUCUUAGAUCUAGGUUUUUGGAUGCAAGGUUUGUAUUUAAAAUGAAUUGUAAAUAUUUUACAUGUAUUUUGAAGUAAUAAUAAUAGUGAUACUAUUUAGCUUCUAAUUUCUAUAUACCUAUAAUAUGCAGUUAUUGUAUUGUUUCGUAAUAUUUUUUAUAGAAGAAAAAGGCGUAAUUUUAGUAAACAAGCUUCUGAAAUACUAAACGAGUAUUUUUACUCACACCUAAGCAAUCCAUAUCCUUCUGAAGAAGCGAAAGAAGAGUUAGCUAGGAAGUGUAGCAUUACGGUAUCUCAAGUACGUAUUUUAUAAUAAUAAUUCAACAAAAACCCCCGAACAGUUUUCAUCAUAUUACGAAUUUUAAAAUACUAAAAUUAUAACAUUAUUAAGGUAUCAAAUUGGUUUGGGAAUAAAAGAAUUCGGUACAAGAAAAAUAUCGGAAAGGCUCAAGAAGAAGCGAACCUAUAUGCCGCUAAAAAAGCUGCCGGUAAGUCGAGUUGUGUUCAAACUGUUUUAAAUUUAGUAUUUAAUUUUAACAUAUUUAUUACUAUAGUAAAUAUUGAACUAGUUGAGGGAAACUGCUGUAUAUAUUAUUACACAGUGGUGUAAGUGGGAAAAAUUUUCAGGGGUGCUAAGCUAAGAAGCGUUCCUAAAAACUAACCUGACCCAACCAAAUUUUCAGGAAAUUCAUAAUGGAAACGAGACUUACAAUAUGUUUUUCCCACACGUAUUUGUUCAUACAAAUAUUAUGCUAAAAUGGUCUAAAAAUAAACUGCACCUCCCCACCAAUUAUUGUCGUUCACAUAUGUUUGGUCAGUAAAAAUAAAUUUUUGAUUAGUACUUAUGUAAUACUGAUUACGUAUAAAUCCAAUAGGUAUCAUCAAACAUGUUAUGUUAAUUCGCAUAAUCAUUUAUGAGAUAGGUUAAUUAUGGGUACUUAAGUAACACAUUUUAAUUUUUCGUACUUAAUAACAAUACGAUAUUCCCCGAUUAUACGGUAUUAAAUACCGGUAUUUGUAAAUACUUAACACGGACUAAGAUGUACAAAACUGGACACGCGUGACUCUGGAGAGUAUGAAAUGUUAUAGAAUAACCGGAGUACUGGGGUAUUUUUCCUUUUAAUUUUACUAGCACUGAUACAUAUACAAUACACAUAAUAACAGAAAUUACGGUAUAUCAAAAAACCGCUAGCUAAAUUAAAUUAAUUAUUUUUAAUAAAACUAUUUCAAGUUAUUAAAAUUACAUUAUAAACAUUUUAGUGAUAACAACUAAAACAUCCCCUAGGACUUAUACCAAAGGAGACGGAUAAUUUUACCUUAAAUAUGAAGAGGAACUUCACUCCUCUCCAAUUUAACCACUGUUCGUUGUUACCUAUACCGGAGAUAUUUUUACAGAUUGCAUAUAUUAUUGUAAAAACCUUAUUGGUGUUUAAAACGUAUAAAGAGAAAAACAUGUAAAUGGAGAAAGGGUGAAGUUUACUGUAGGGAUUUGGAGAACGACACACACACAUAUAUAUAUAUAUAUAUAUAUAUAUAAUAUAUAAUAUUAUACGUAUAUACCCACACGUUGGCGGUGGUAAGCUCCAAAAUGGAAGUAAUAUAUCACCGGGACCCUGGCUUUGAGCUUGACAGCCCGAAUGGUUUUUCCUGGUUUCCUCAUUGUCCCGGCGUUCUACACCCUCCGUAAAUACAAUACGAUGUGUGUGUGUGUGUGUGUGUGUGUGUGUGUGUAUUUUUUUCCUGAAGUGAGAGCAUGUGUAAUGUGUAUAUGUAGGCAUCUAUACGCGUUCACAAAGCGCGCGCGUGCGAGUAUAAGUUUUGUAUAUACUGCGACUUUCUUUCAUUAUAAUAUAAUAAUUUAGGUACAAAGGUAGGUGUGUCGCCUGCCAACAGAUUAUAAUAAUUUCGUACGGUUAGGUUUUACGUUUAAUUAAACCGCAGAUAAAUAAUUAAUAAAUAUUUACAAAAAUAUAAUAUUAAAUAAAAGACAAUAAAUUAUAAUAUUUGUUGAUAUUAGUCAUAUAGUACCUACCUAUAAUACCUAAAUACGUUUUGAUUACAAGAUUUUUAUUUUCUUUAUUAUCGUAACGACGAUUUUAUGCAAAUACAUCAAUGCAUAAUAUUAUCGCAUUAUACUCGUGCAUUUAUUUCUGGAUGCAAAUUUUUAGAGUUAAUAUUAUUACUGAGUAGGUAUAUUGUUUAUUUUCCGCACGGCGAUCCUCUAAACACUAAAUUGGAUAAUAUAUUAUUAUAAUCGUCUCUGUCGGAACCUUAAACGCAAAUUAAUGUCGAGUGAAUUUUUUUUUAACAAAGUCGACUUUAUAAUAUUAUUAGUUAAACAAUAUUGUUUACGUUAUUUAAAUUUUAACACUUUGUAUUGAAUGGCAUUUUGACCACAUCUAGAUAAUCAUAAUUUGUCUUAUACUACUUGUUCAAUGAUUAUUAUACAGCUAGUAUUUUGUGAAAAUCUCAUGUACAACGGAACAUAUUCAUCUAAAAUAUUAUUAUUGUAAUGAAUUACAAAGAUUUAUCGGUUUCGAUAACAAAAAGAACAGGUGGUUGUUAGAUAGGAGGUAGACGGCGUGGCGACGCACGACGUAGGAACCGCUGACCGAUGAUUGACAAGACAUAAUUUUAUAAGAUAUUUGAGUACGGUAUAGAUUAAGUAAUGACGUAAUCAUAAAAUAUUAACAGUUACAAUUUUUACAAAACCGUUGCGCUGAUCGAUGGCAUACAUAAUUUCGUAAUAUUAUUAUAAUUAUUAUUAAAUAUUAAAAAUACACUAUUAAAUAUUAUAUUUUAAUACUCAAAAGUUUAUGAUUUUUGAAAAAAAAGAAAUCAACGUUGAAGUAAUAACUGGUUUAUUUUGGGCCAUGUGAUGACAUAUAUUAUUAAUAAGUCCUUUGGAUAUUUUUUUGUAAUAUAUGUACCUAUACAACAUUUUUAUGUCUAGUACCUACCACGUUUUCCUUGGUAAUAAUUAAUAUUUAUUUUUUUAAUUCAAAUCGAAAAUCUGAUUCUGGAAAACUGGAAUUAUUGUUCGGUGUCUCAAAAAAGUUUAUCACAAAUUAAAUAUUAUAAGUCUUCAGAAUAUUAUUUUGCAUAAGUUUUAUAUUAUAAUAGAUUUUCUUUGUAUUUUAAAUUUGUAAUACAUCAAUAUAUUUGUUAUGAUAGACUCGAUUAUUAUGAUCAAUUAUUAUUUAAAAAGUGUACAUUUUAAAGGUUUCAAUUCUGUUAUGUGUUAAUUGUGGUAUACUUUUUACAGGUGCUUCUCCAUACAGUAUGGGCCCAGCUUCUCAAGGAACACCAACUCCUUUGUUAUCCCCGGCUCCUGGCGGUGGCCCACAAGACAGCAUGGGCUACAGUCUUAGUUUAAAUGGUGGCGAGUACAGUUCCCCUAUGUCUGGAUCACAGGUUUGUGUGCGUCAUAUUAUUAUUAGUUAUAAAGAAUUAUUAUUUUGUUUUAUUUUUGUUGUCUCCACCUAAUAAAUUAUUAAUAAUAAUUUACAGGCACAGUAUUCUGAUGGAAGUCUCGGAUAUGAUCCAAUGGGACACCAGGUGAGCGACUGUGAAUAACAGGUUAAUAAAAUGAUAUAAUAUAAGUGUCGUUCUUAGAAACUAUUAAUUUAAUCUAAUGAAACCAAGCUGCUUUUUGACUAAUACUAACCCCCCUUUUUUUGUUAACCAGGCUAAAAUACUUUGCAAUGGACACUUGUUUUAUACUUUUUUAUAAUUAUAAUGUUAAUGUUUCAACAAGUACCAAAAGUAAAUGAUUGUUACAUACCUAAUUUUGAAUUUUGGUUUUUGUAAUAUUACAGGCAAUGCCUAAAAAUUCUGGAUCACCAUCUACUGGAUGGAACUCCAGUCAUGAAUAUCAGACUCACGGCAUGCAUGACGAUAGCGAAGAUUCAUCAGAUGAUGUCGAUAUAAAGCGCCCAAAAUUAUCUUAAGCAUUUUUAUUCUUAAUAAUAACUAAAUUUGUUCAUUUUUUACGUAUAUAAAACGAUUGCUUAAUUUAAUCUUUAGACGUAUGCGAGUGAGAAUAAUUUAGCCUUCACACUUUAUGUAUGUUGACUACAUUGUGUGUGUUCUAAAAAACACUCAACUCACUCUAACUAAUAACUUUUAUGGAUCUACUGUAAUGACGAAAACGAAAGACUUAGGCCUUUGGUGUGUGUGCUUGCAUGUUAUAACACUCAGCACACAUCACAUAUAAGGGAACGUAUAUUAUAUUGUAUAAAUAACGUUAGCCUAAUAUUUGAUUACCAUACUGAAAUUCAGUAGAUACAGUUUUAUUAUAAAACUAUUUUUUAGUAUCUUAUUAUUAUUAUUAUUAUUAUUAUUAUUAUUAUUAUUAUUAUUAUUAUUAUAUUGUAUAAUUAAAUUUGUAAUAUUAACUUGAGCUUUUUGAACGUUCAUCGUUCAUAAUGUAACAUUGGUAUACGUAUAUUGUGCACAUCACCAGAUUAUUAGUAAUUUAUAUAGGGAAAAAAAAUAUGAUAAAGAUAUAAUUGUUGAUUAUGUUUACUCACACAUUUUUUUUUUUUUUACUAUCUGUGAUCUCAAAGGAAAUCAACACAUGCAUCAAAAUCAAGUACAAUCAUGUCCAGUGUUUUUCUCCUUUUUCACCAAGUAUACGAUAUACACACGGUAAUAUUAUUUUUCAUAAUAUUUUAAAGUUUACAUUUUAAAUAUAAAAGAGUUUUGUUAAUAAUUGUUUAAUAUUUAUUGUAUUAAACAAAUAAGUAGCAUAUUUUUAAGGCACCAUGACUAGUAACGUUUAAAUUUUUAAUGCUUAAAAAAAAAAAAAAAAAACAAAAAACAAAAAUACAAAAAAAAAUAUGAAACAUAUUACAGUUUAAUGUAUACGAUAUUUAUAAGGUUAUUGUGUUGUCUGAACAGUACAUUUUUUAUUAUUAUUUUUUUUUCUCUUUUUCCUCUUUAUUUUUUAUGCUAUAUUUGUAUGCUUUUUAUUAUAACUAUUAAUAAUUAAAAAGUAUUUUUAAAAAAAAAAAACCUAUACCUAUACCUAUUAUAAUAGUACUCUACUCCCCUACUCCUCUUCCUUUUUAUGUACUAUUGUAAUAAAACAAUUAUUAUUAGUAAAAAAGACACGGUGCCUAUGAAAUCAAUAAAAAAAAAACCAUCAAACCACAAAAACCCUCAUAGUUUUAAAUUUUUUUCCCCACACAAGACAUGUAACAAUAUUUUAGAAUGAUAAUAAUCUUGUUCAAAGAAUAUCAAACAAUAAAUAUAUAUAUAUACAUGCUGUACGAAAGUGGGGUUUUUUUUUUCAUUGUCAUUUCUUAGUCACUCCUGUCGCAUACAUCAUGUAUACUUUUAACACAUUUUACACGGUACACAAUGUGCUGAUUUCAGUAUUGCUCGAAUGUUACACAUACAUACGUACAUAUUUAUUUUUUGUGUAUAUAUAUAUCUUAUAUACUGUAUUAUUAUUAUAUAAAUGAAUAGAUAUAAUUUGUAUAUUUAAUAUUGUAAUUUUUUUUUUAGUUUAAAAACACAAUCUGUUUCCCUAUAACUCUUCCUACUUACUAGGACAGUAUUUAUUAAUUUUUUUUUUUGAUUAUUCAUAUAGUGAAGUUGAGCUUAUAAACAACCGUUUAACAGUUACUAUACACAUGUAAUAUUAUUAUAAUUAGUUCAUUAAUGGGGUGUUUUUCGGAAGGGGGAGGGUUGGAAAAGCCUAUGGAAAUCUAUUAUGUAUCCCCUAUAUCCACAAAAAUAUAUUUUGUUUUUAGCAUUUAAAUAUAUUAUAUAUAUAUAUAUACAUAUAUAAAUAUGUAUGUGUGUAUGUGUGUGUGUGUACAUAUAUACUACACACACUCAUUAUAUUAUAUUGUAAAACUUUUGUAUACGAUUUAAAAAUAUUCACGAAACGUUAUAUUAUAUUAUAUAUAUUAUUAUUAAGUAAAAUUUGUUCGUGGAUUGUAUUAAGAAUUUUUUUUUUUUUGAACAUAUUAGAUGCCUAUAUUAUAUUAUUAUGUAUACGAUAUAUAUACAUAUAUAUAUAUUAUAAAUAUGUAAAAUUAUUAUAAUAUUUAGGGGCUGUAUUUAGAUAAUAAAAUAACGCGAAUGAAUAUUUAUUGUACAGUUUCUGAAGAAAACAAAAUUAUAACGCUUGUAAUUUAGAAACGAACAUGUUUUUAGUUCUUUCAUUUUCACCAUGCUGUCCAAUCCUACUUGUUGAAUUUUUAAAAAAAAUAUGUCAAGCUACUUUAAAAACCC